AACGUACUAGCUCGGUACCGAGUUCCGUCUCUGGUGUUAGGUUCGCAUUGAAUGAAAAGAGGUGCUGGUUGAUGCUUAUAAAUAGCAAUUGGAAAUCAGUAUGUGUGGUGGUCGCGUUAGUGCCUACUAAUAGAUGUCCUGAAGUAGUUUAGUUACACUUCAGAUACAAUUAAAAGUGGAAAUAAUUUUAUUUUGGUAAAGAUGGCUGCUCGAUACAUAUUCAAACAUGUUCGAACGCCACAGCUUUUACCCCAACUGCACCGCGCUUCGAGUACAAUGUCCAUGUUUGACAUUCAGCACAAAUCUCCAAUCGUUAGGAAGGUCCCAAACAUACCUAAAGCUCACUACGGUGGACGACAUACCGUUACUUUGCUUCCAGGCGCCGGUAUUGGACCAGAGUUGAUGGGUUAUGUAAAGGAAGUAUUUCGCUAUGCAGGUGUCCCAGUUGAUUUUGAGGACGUUGACAUCGAUCCGAUGUCUGAAAAUAAUGAUGACCUUGAAUACGCAAUUACGACAAUACGCAGAAAUGGCGUAGCAUUGAAAGGAAAUAUAGAAACACGUAUGAUGGAUUCAGGUGUUCCCUCUCGUAAUGUUGCCUUGAGGAACGAGCUAGAUCUCUACAUAAGCGUGCUGCAUUGCUUGUCCUACGAGGGUGUUGCUUCCAGACAAAAGGACAUGGAUAUUGUGAUAGUCAGGCAAAAUACUGAAGGAGAAUAUGCAAUGUUGGAGCACCAGAGCGUUUCGGGUGUUGUUGAAAGUAUGAAAGUUAUAACAAAAUCAAACUCAGAGCGUGUAGCCAAAUAUGCUUUUGAGUACGCCAAGCGACAUGGAAGAAAGAAGGUCACCACUGUCCAUAAAGCCAAUAUCAUGAAACUUUCGGACGGGUUGUUUUUAGAGACGGCUAGACAAAUGGCUAAAAAUUAUCCAGAGAUACAGCACAACGACAUGAUUAUCGAUAACACCUGCAUGCAGCUAGUUUCCAAUCCACAUCAGUUUGAUAUUAUUCUGACGACAAAUUUGUAUGGUAGCAUUGUGUCGAAUGUAGUCUGUGGGUUAUUGGGAGGAGCUGGUUUGUUAGCUGGAAAAAAUUACGGUGAUCAGUAUGCUAUCUUUGAACCUGGUACUCGAAAUACUGGAAGUUCAAUAGCUGGAAAGAAUGUUGCCAACCCAAUCGCCAUGUUGAAUGCUGCAGUUGAUAUGCUCAGGCAUUUAGGCCACAGGCAACACGCUAGUAUUAUACAAUCAGCUAUAAAUAAGACGAUAAAUGCAGGAAUUCAUACUCGUGAUCUUGGAGGCACUGCGUCCAGCUCCGAAGUUGUGGAAUCCAUUAUGAAGCAUAUUAAACAAGGGGUGCAUUAAAUUUUUAUUAACUGCGAUCGAUCGACCUCCGUGAUGUAAUUUUACGAUGUUUCAUAGUAGUGUAAAUUCGACUUUAUUAUUUAUAAUAAUCCAUAACACGUAUCUCUAGUAAAUCAUGACUGUUAUGCUGUGAGAGUAUUAUUAUUGAACAUAAGUCGCUUACACUUUAGGUGUGUACAAAAUUAUUUUAUCUAGACUACAAGCACAAAAUAUUUACGUAUUUAUUCAUACUCUAAUUAGAUCAAUCACGUGGUAUUAUGUGAGAUUAUUCUUGUCUCUGUUAUCACUGUCAAAGUGAACUUCGUUUGUCCAAAAAUAAAUCUUCCUUCGCAGAAUUAGGGACAGUUAUUUCAAUAAGAAAUGAAUGUGGCAACCAAGCUUACACACUUGUGGAGUUCAGAUCUUUACCCAUUAUUAUAAAGACCUUGCUAUCUGCCAGCUAUGAACCACAUACAAUGAUGCAAUUGUAAUAGAUCUUUUAUCCAGUGCAGGCUAAUAUGCUCAGAUUAGAGUGAUAAGUCUCAUUGGAAUAGUACGAAUACUCAUUCAUUGUAUGUUCUUAUGUAAAUUUAAAGAAGUAGAAACUUUUUAAUGAUCCGUUUGUAGCUGAAUUACAGAUACGCUGUUUAUUGUAUAAUUUUAUUUUAAAUAAAGAGGUGCUUUCUAUUUUCAA